AUGUGGACUACUCUGGACCGCGGAUGCUGGGGGGUCUGCUGCUUGUCCCUGCUGGCGACUGUAGUCUGCGGGGCGCAAAGCGCCAACGAACCUAGCAACAUGUCAUAUGUGAAAGCCACCGUGGACAAACUGCUGAAGGGCUAUGACAUCCGUCUGCGGCCUGAUUUUGGAGGCGCCCCUGUGGAUGUUGGCAUGAGCAUAGACAUCGCCAGCAUUGACAUGGUGUCUGAAGUCAACAUGGACUACACCAUCACCAUGUACUUCCAACAGUCCUGGAGAGACAAGCGCCUCUCCUACACAGGCAUUCCUCUCAAUCUCACCCUGGACAACCGGGUGGCAGACCAGCUGUGGGUCCCUGACACCUACUUCAUUAAUGACAAAAAGUCUUUCGUCCAUGGGGUGACAGUAAAGAACCGUAUGAUCAGACUGCACCCUGAUGGAACUGUGCUAUAUGGUCUCAGGAUCACCACAACAGCUGCCUGCAUGAUGGACUUGCGCAGAUACCCACUGGAUGAGCAGAACUGCACCUUGGAGAUUGAGAGCUAUGGAUACACCACUGAUGACAUUGAAUUCUACUGGCAGGGAGGAAGCAACACAGGCUCAGUCACUGGGGUGGAGAACAUCGAACUGCCCCAGUUCUCCAUCAUAGACUACCAAACCCUCUCCAAGAAAGCUGUGUUUGCCACAGGUUCUUACCCACGUCUGUCGCUGAGCUUUAAGCUGAAGAGGAACAUUGGCUAUUUCAUUCUGCAAACUUACAUGCCCUCCACCCUGAUCACCAUCCUGUCCUGGGUCUCCUUCUGGAUCAACUAUGAUGCCUCGGCUGCCAGAGUCGCAUUAGGUAUAACCACGGUGCUGACAAUGACCACCAUCAAUACCCACCUUAGGGAGACUCUGCCCAAGAUCCCCUACGUCAAGGCCAUUGACAUUUAUCUCAUGGGUUGCUUCGUCUUCGUCUUUCUGGCCUUGCUGGAGUACGCCUUUGUCAACUACAUCUUCUUUGGUCGAGGUCCUCACCUACAGAAGAAGGUAGCAGAAAAGGCUGCCAAGUCCAACAACGAGAACAAGAGCAGACUGGAGAGCAACAAAGUGCAGGUUGAUGCUCAUGGCAACAUCCUCCUAACCAACUUAACCAGUGAGAUGGGUGGAGCAGAUAUGAUGGGAGCUCUCAACGACCCUCGGGCUACCAUGUUCUCUUAUGACAGUGCCAGCAUACAAUACCGCAAGCCCAUGACCAGCCGAGACCUGUAUGGACGACCAGCCAUUGACCGGCCAAUGGGCCACAAGAAGGGCCGCUUGCGGAGGAGGGCUUCGCAGCUCAAAGUCAAGAUCCCCGACCUCACGGACGUCAACGCCAUAGACAAGUGGUCCCGUGUCGUCUUCCCAAUUGCAUUCACCUUCUUCAACCUGGUCUACUGGCUUUACUAUGUCCAUUAGGGUGGCAGUAGCGGGCCUCUGUGGCAGCACUACUGCUAAUGAUUUGAUAGAAAAGCUACCUAGGUCUUGUACAGCAAUGAAAACGAAGGAGCGUUCAGUCCAUUUGUAUACAUCCUGUUUUGGAAUGAGUAGUACUGGAUGUCUUUACAAUGUAAAUACAAUUUAAUAUAUAAUAUAUAAAUAUAUAUAUAUAACAGAGGUAUAAUUUAUUAAAAAUCCUAUCACUUUUGCUGUACUCAUCCAUACAAAAUAGAUAUAUAAAAAUAAUGGAAUUUAAGACACAGUAAAGGUAUGGUAUUUCUAAGUUCAAACUUGCCAAAAAGACUUUGGUGACUCCAAAAUUAUGGGCAAUGAUCUUUCAUUUGUUCUAUAUCUUUUUCUUACCUUCAGUUAUCUCACUUUUUGCAUGUGAAUGGAACACAACUUUUUGUUUGCUUAAGACAAAAACAAGAGCAAAGGAAGCCCAGUGCAAAACAAGUAGGUAAUUAUAACAGUUUUUACAUGAUCUUGUGACUGAAGCUCAUCCAGCUUAUUAACAGAAGAUGUCUGGUUGAAUUCCACCGUAAUAAGGUAGUCCUGAUUUGAUUUAAGCUCAGUGCUCUGAUUGAGGUCAUUUUUGUGGAGCCGGAGAUGCAUCGUGUUGAAAUCCUUCUCUGAAAGCCAUCUGUGAGCUAACAAACAUGUCAGAUUGCUUUUCAUGACAUGUUCUCUUUUUUUUGACAAGUUUCUUUUCAGUUCUGUAAAAAAAAAAAAAAAAAAAGAAAAAGCUUUGCAUGGCUCUACUGAGCCACUGUAUUAUAAUCAUUAUACUGUAUGCUUUCGAACAAUCAUUGCAUAUAAGGUAAGUACAGGACAGAUGUUAAUUGGAACUCCAACUAAUUUCUCAAAAACAAAAUGUAGUCGAAUUUGUAUCUAUGAUAUUCUCACAGUGUCUGUGAGCAUGUACAAUGUAAUUUUCUUUAAAAGAAAUCAGGUAAAGAAUGACCAAUGAUGUCACCAUGCUUUCAAAAUCACAUUUAAAAUUUCAAGCCCUGAUAAAACUCGCUGCUGGUGUUGAACAUUUUGUGUUACAGACUAUUAUUAAACAUUUUUGUCAGAUACCUGAAAAUAUACUGUACAUAACUGUUAGAAAUACAUAGAGGUUCAUCCAUCUCAAUGUGUUAAAUAAUUACAGGGCGAGUUUGAGGUCACUGUUACUCUAAUUUAUUUUUCAGUGGAUUGCCUUUCAGCUCAUUAUCAAGGGUUAGGGAACAGUUGUAAGACCCAAGUUCAAAAUACAUUUUUGAGGACAAACUAGUGGUGAGGACAGACAGAGUAGGUAUGACCAACAUCAAACAAAGUGUAAUAGCUGGCCCAGUGUCCCUAGAAAUUAUUUCCAUAUUGGACAAAUCCUCACAAAUUAUGUUCUGUGCCAAUGCCAGAAGUUGAGCGUCCUUUACAGUAUACACCAGUCAGCCAAAACAUUAAAACCCCAGACAGGUGAAAUGAAUAACGAUGAUUAUCUUGUUACAAUGCAGUGUUCUGCUGGGUCCUAACCUAACCUAACCUUUAUUUGCUUUUACCAAGCAUUUUAGUUGCCUAACCAUACCUACACCAUAACAAUAGUUUAUUUGCCAUAACCAAAGUCUCACCCUAAUCUGGACCACACCAUAGAUGCCAUGCACAGCAAAACGUUACCAUCUUAUGUGCUGAAAACUGUAAAUGAAGAGGAGGGAGGUGCACAGCUUUCUUUUUCUCUGCAGCACUCAGGUCUCUUUUGCAAAAUAGAUCUUCAUCUCAAUGAGAUUACCUGAUUAAAUAAAGGUCGUAUAAUGGCUGUUGACUGCACAAGAAAGGUACAAGCAUUCUGGGCAGAAACUUAUUCCAAUGCUGGAUGGAAGGCUUUUCUUCUCCCACUUAAUCUGUGGCAAUCCCAGUUGAUGUCUAAGGUUGUGUGAUGGAGACAUUUCUUUCAGCUAAACAACUCUAACAUCUACAUGUGGGUGACAAAUAAAAAGAAAAGCCUACAUGCUGUUUGUUAGUGAAGCGCUCCUCCUCCAAAAAACUCAGGAACAGGUUUUGCACAGUUUGUCAUGUAGAUUCUCAAAGUCUGUAGAGCUUCACUGGAGGAAUGAACAUCAUUCUUGCAGAACAUAUUCCUUCAUUUGGAGACUGCUGUCCAACACUCUAAAAUCUCCAAUAGGUGUUUAGUUGACUGUGAAUGCAGUAGAAUAUGACUCAUGACAUUUUCAUCAAAGCAUUUAGUGAGACCUCAUGAUCUGAAUGGAAACAUUAUAUUCUUCAUGUUUGUCCAGUCUUUAAUUCAGUUUUUUUUCUUGAAUAUAUUUGUACAUUUUUUGGCCACAAGCCUUUUUAUAAGCUAAAGCAGGGCUACAGCAUGGAUUGUCUAAAAGAGACACGUGCAUAUACACUUGGUGACCAGAAAAUUUGAAAUCAUUCAGAGUAAGCACAAUGUUGGCACUCCUAAUGUGAAUUAUCCAUGGCCCUGUAGUGUGCCGGUGUUUAAGAUAACCAUGCUGACACCAGAGCUCUACAUUACCAAGGCUGAUGGAUGGACCUGUGUUCUAUGGAGCCUGCAUUUGUGUUUUUUCCAAAGUUGUCAGUAGGAUUUAUUGCAUGACUUGAUGUGUUGUGAUGAGGUCAUCCCAUCUAAAUGUUCUCUGAAUAGUUCCUGGACAUUCUUUAGGCAUUUUUGGAUCAGAGAAACUUUUCCAUAAUUCUAAUAAAUAGUUCUAAGAACCCCACUUUUAUCACAUCCGCACCACAAGAACUAGGAACGAUGGUAGUUCUUAGCAUUUUUUGGGACUCUUUUAGCUCCUAUUUCAGACAAGGUACUCUUCCAUAACAAGAUAAACUUUAUAUAAUUGUAUGGUGAUUGGUUCAACCCUUGAGCCAGUGCAGCACUGGCAACUGCUAUUUUUAAGAAUCUGUUAGCUAUGUAAACAACAGACAACACAAACAGCUCUUACCAGGAAAAACAUAAAAGAAAGCAUGAACAAAUGGACCAACAGUGAAGUACAGGCUUCACUGACAGGGGGAAAUCCAAUGCAAUUUAGACUCAUCAAAACAAAAUCUAAGAAUCUUUGAUAACAUGACAUAACAUGAUGUUGCUACACCAACCCUUGGCCGGCCGUUAGCGAUUCCUCUCAGGGAGUCCCCAGAACUGUUUGGUCCAAAAAUGCCUUUUGACAUGCAGGGAAGCAUUAUUUUGUUGAAAAUGUCUAUCAUGAUUAAUCCAUUUUGCAGCCAUGUUAAGGCCUUCCUAUACUUUGGGUUCUGGUAUCGAAGUGUCAAUCUAUGGGUAGUUAAUACCUUCCAAACCAUUAUCAACUCACCCACAAGCAUGUUCACUUACAACCUCAUUUGGUUCAUGACCUUGUGGUAUUUAAGGACAGGGAAAGAUCAUGGUUAGAGUUAAUACAAAGGGCAUAGUUACUUAAAGUCACCCUAAACUCUACACCUAAGGCCAUACUUCUUGCAUGGCACUAGACGUCAAAAUUAGGCUUAAAUGAUGAGGUACAAAUUUGUCCAAUUUGGACAUCAUUUCUUGGGAUACUGAGCUCUUUUUAGCUACGAGACACUUUCAGCACUUUACCAUUGAUAGGAGAGGCACCCUGUGUGGCUGUCUGCUGUUACACCCCUAUAGAGGUAGACUGUGUGUUUGUGUAAUUCCUUGUUCUGGCCAGAGUCACUUUAUAUCUUACAUAUUCUUGGUAGACCUAAGGGUGUUGGCCUUGCUUCUUGCUUCGUCCUUCCAUUGUUUCAUUUUGAAGCUGCUGCUUGUUUAAAGCCCAUAAACUAUUCAGUCUUAGUGAAACAUAAUUUUGUCAGCUUUCUCUGUCAUCUGCCCACUGUAAAGCAAACAAGGAAUCAAAGUUACUGGCUUUGGUAGAGACAUAUGUAAAUGGUAAAGGAGGGUUCACCUCUUCAGGUGUGGCAGGGUUUCUAUUUUACUGAUCACUGAGUGAGUUUGUACACUAUGGGAUGUGAACAUGGAUCAUCAGCUGAGCUCUGUUAAAGUACAACUUGGGCCUUGUUUCCAUAGCUUUGGCCACCCUUUCUAUCAGUUAUGCUAACAGUUUGCUCACUAAAUUAAUUGUUGAAAUCUAUGAUAAGAAAUAUUGAAAAAUAUCAACUGGGUAGUUCCCAAAGUUAACCUCUGGAAAUCUUAAGUCCUUCAAAAAGACUUCCCGCUUUCCCAGAUUGGAUAACUGAUAGAAAGCAUAGCUUAGACUACAAAAUAAGAAAAGAAAAACAAUAAAUGAUCAGAUACAAAAUUUAUGUGGUUAAAGUAAUACAUUUUUUCUUCCACAAAGUUUCCCAGUUGAUGACAAACUGUUACAGUGUAGUCACGGCAACUUGAUGGUUAGGACAAGUGUGGACAGCUUGUCUUAUCAGGGCUUUCAACAAAAAAAGCAGCAAAACCAGAUAGGCUUCUACAGGACACAAUAGUAGCAGUGUGCUCUUUCCUCAUGGCUGAAUAUUGUGCCUUUACCAAGAAUCUCAAUAUUUUCACAGGGUUUAACUUAACUUCUAUCUAGUGAGUAGAAUUUAAAACAAAUCAUCUUGUACUUUUUUUAGAUUAAGAAGAACAUGGAGAACCAAAAACAGAAGUGGACUAUUUAAGAUCUUUUCUGAGGCUCUAAAGUACAGUACCAUUAUCUAAGCGUAGAUUGUAGUAGUAAGACAUUCCAGCAUUACGAUGACAAUCUUUUGAAUUUAAUGCUGAAAAAAAUCUCCUGCGAGGCUGGUCUCCAUGCUGCCAGUGUUGCUGUUUUUAGAGUGGACGGACAGGAGGUGGAAAAAAAGAAAACAACAAAACAAAAAAACAGCUUGGCUUUCUUCACAACAAAGGACCCGGAGCAGAUGGACACAUGUUUUCUGUGAACGGACGAGCUAAUGGAGGCCCUGAACAACUGGUUUGCCCACAGGCCGUGGAGAGGGAGGACAUGUGCUAGACUCUUAUUGUGUAAAAUUACUGUACAAUUUUUCUCUCAUGCUCUAUAUGUGCUCUCAAGUGGAAUGGGGUGUGGGUGUGUUUGCCCGUGUGUCUUUCUGCUUGUUUACAGGCAGAUAUAAGACACUGUGCAGGAAUGGUUGUGUGGAUGUGUGUGUGUGUGUGAGUAUGAGCAUAUGGAUGCGUGUGAGAGGGACAAAACAUGACACACGACAUACAAAUUCUUUGUGUCAACUUAUAGAGACUUCAAAGAAUAGAGUUUAAAUAAAAUUGCUGACAUCUCUACCAA